UGAUGAACGAUCGCUCGUAAAACCUUCGAUUAUUUUCAAAGGUAAACUAGUGCAUACAAUGGCGUCAUACGAUUAACUCUUCGACUUUGCGUGUUGACAUUCAAUCGACGAAGCCAGCGCUUUUGCGUUGCGUCCGCGUUGUACGUGCGCGUUUCUUUAUCAUUUAAUUUAAACAAUGAAAGUUGUUAAACAAUUUUUAGUAAAAAAAACACUUGCUCUUACUUGUAUUUUUGAAUUCAUCGAUUGUUAAAUUUGAAACCUGUGUCGAUUCAAUUGACGGAAGAUGGCAUCGGAAGAUUCUAAGGAUUCGCCCGGAAAUACAGAGGAAGAUUUGAAGAUUUUUGAGACACUUUGUAUUUCUUCACCAGACAAGUUUGAUCAAGAGGAUAUGACGCAUGACGUCACAACAAGUUUAAGAAGUGAAUUAGCAGCUCUGGAAUACAAACGAGACCGACUUUCAUCUGAACUUCAAGAGAUGAAGACUACGUUGAGAUUACGAGACCAGAGGGUAACCGAGUUACAGUUGGAGGCUGAUCAACUUCGUGAGCAAGCCGCUAGACAAAAUUCUAUAAUUUCUAGUCUUAAAAAAAGAAUACAAGAUCUCGAAGAUAGAGAGAGAAAUCUAUAUGCGACACAUGGGCGUACUGAAAUAACAGUUCAAAGCUUACAACGUGAUGUUAAAUAUCACGAAGAAAAAAAUCGGGAGUAUGAAAAGAAAAUUCGACAAUUAGAACAUCACAUCACGGAAGAAACUGAUUUAAAAGAACGUGCGCGGUUAAAUUUACAGGACUUUGUAAGAAGAUUAGCGCAUGCAUUGAACAGUGAAUUUUGCGACAGUACACACCACAGCCCAGAAAUGGUGAUUCACAAAGCUGAAGAACUUGUCCAGGAAGUUAAUCGACUCCGUACCAAGAGUAUUAAUUUUGAAAGCCAAUUAACUAGUGUAGAAGUUGAAUCUAAGAGCUGCCGAGAUUUAUUAGAACGAUCUAGUAUUGAAAGAGAUCAAUUGCAACGACAAGUUAGCACGCAAUCAGCUGAACUGGAACGACUUCGUCAGGAUAAAGAGUGCCUUGAAAUGCAGUACAGGGUCACCGAGAGGGAAUUGAAUGAACUCAGGGACAAAUUAGUGAAUGCUAAUAGAAAUCUCACGAGUAUUACAGGAAAUGUUUCUAGUCAAGAAACGCUCAUUUGUCAAUUACGAGAUGAUCUAAAAAACCGAGAAGAAAAACUGUCUCGAGUACAAAACGAACUGCGUCAUCUUCUUGAAUCUUUGGCAAUACUCGUUAGCACUCCGAAUAGAUUUGUUGAGUCUCAUGAGAAUUCAAUAAAAGAUCGGAUACGUGAGAUCAUUGCCGAAAACAAAGAUCAUAUCCUUAAAAUCCAUAGCCUGAAAGAAAAAUUAAACGGAAUGUCGGAAUCAUCAAACCGGCAAAGUGAGUUGUUAGAGUCGAGUAUGAUGAAAAUAAGGAGCCUUGAAGAUGAUCGUGCAAGUUUAGAAUCUAAAGUUCAUAAAUUAGAAUCUGAAUUAACAAGUUGUGAAUUGACUAAGGAGUCACUCAGGCGUGAUAAACAUAGCAUUACAAUAUUUUUGGAACGUCUGGGCAAAGCUAUGCAAAUGGAAGAUAUUUCUCAAGAAAUCGGUUUGGAUCUUCAAACAGAAGCUCUGUUAGUACGAGCUGAACAGUUAGCACGCCUUGAGACAGAUAAGCUCGUCGACAAGCUAGUCUACAACUACACAACAUUUCCCAGGAUACGGCGAGAGCGGUCCUUCGAGCUUCCUUGUCUAAAAGAAACAUCUGUUGUUUAUCAACUUCAAAGACGAGUAAGAACUCUACGGGAACAAUUGCAGCGACGGGAUUUACAUUUGGAUCUAUUGCGUAGAAAGCUUUCACUGCAGGAAGAUGGCGUGAGAAUUAAGUCGAUGUUACAAGCGGAGAGAGACGACGCUAAUUUACGAGCUAAAAAAGCAAUGAAGCAAAUAGAUCGACUGCAGAUACAAUUGGCGGAAGAAAAAUCCCGGAAUCGUGAAUUGAGCGCUCAAUUAACAGAAGCUGCUGAUUACAAGAUUGCGGCGUUAGAGCGCAGUCGAAAAAUAGAAGAGUUGCAAAAGCGUCUAGUGGAGAGUGAAAUGCUUAGAACUCGUUACACCAGAAAAUUAACGAUGCUGAAAGAUCAAAUGCGGACAACGGCUGAGAGUGCUGAUCAAGAAAGAUCGAUUAAUGAUCAUUCAUUACAAUUACUUAGAGACGAACUGGCUCAGGUUAAACAAAAUUUAGCGGAGGUCACCAGAAGAGAAUCACAAUUGCAGACUUUCCGAGUCUCUGUUGUUAAAACACUCUCGGAACCUAUUUUUACGCCUGAUUAUGAAAUUAUUUCGCGUUUACAAAAAAUGGUAUCAGCUCAUCGAGACUUUACAAUGUUAUCGCGUAGAUAUGACGAGCCUUUGGAAACCAAUCCAUCGCGUUGCACUAGUAUCCAUCCAGUCCAUUCAGUUCAUCCACCUCGGUCUCCCGGAUCCCGCUGUACACGUUACGACGACAGUGGUUUUGCGGACCCACCUGAUCUUCACGAAAUUGACGAUGAGUACAAGCGACCUGUGAGAAGUAGUUUGCUGCCUUGACCGCGGGCUAAAUUUCACUGUUAAUUACAAGAAUCUUAUAUGUGGAUGCACUAAUCGAAAGUUUAAGGUCAACAGAUGAUCAUUUCACUCGUUUGAAAAUAAAAUAAAAGAAACAUCAAUAUAAAUAUAUUUUUUUCAAAGUUAAAGUAAUUUAAAUAAAUCAUUUUGAAAAACGUGUAAUUGAAUACUUGAACUAUAAAGUCAUGAGUCAAGAAAAAAGUAUAUAUGGGUCAUUCCACCAAAUAAGAACAUUUUUACGGGGCGAC